AUGUACCAAUUUAGGUUGUAUUCCACAGAUGCAGCUUUGAGGCUGGAUCCGUGUACUGGUAUGAAAUUGGUUGAGAAAGUGGACACUGCUAUCUGGUUAGCAUGUGCCACGGAGUUGAGCCAAUUGUGUCGGAUGAAAACGGAAAAAGAGGAAGAUGCGCAUGGGCCGGAUACGGAUCGAACCCACGACAUUCGCGUUAUUAGCACGACGCUCUAA